AUGAAAUCGACACCAUCUGGCUGGCUACCGAGCCAAACCGGCGGCAUCCGCCUUCGACCCAUCAUCUUGCCAUCGCCUCCCGUCAAACAUGGAGCGAAUUCGCUGAAAAUGCGGACUCGCAAAAGGCCCUCUCCGAAGCAGACGGUCCAAACGCCUUUGCCAUCGAUCAACACCUUGUUCGAAUCGACGUCCAGCUCAUCGUCCAACUCUUCCUAUGGCUCAUACUGUCAGUUUUCGCCGGAAGGAACCUACACCACCUACACUGUGCCAUGCACCAACGACACGUUUUGGCAAUCAUUCGAGAACGCGCAACUGCACGCGCCGCAGGUCGCACCAGCGCCGCCGAUCUCGGCGAAUGAGCACAAGCCCGUCAAUCAGCCGUUGUUCAUUCAAACCGGCGACGCGACAUCGAGCUUCAAUCCGGGAUACCCACCGAGCUCGGUCAUCAAUAUUAACGAGCUUCUCCUCAAGCCGGUACCACACCAUGGACAGCCAUAA